AGACUAAGAGCUUUGUUUUUCAUUAACGAAGCAGGAUUUUGGGCGGCUUUUGGUUUUGGAGGUGAGGUAAACAGUAACCGUAUCCACCACCUUCGGCCGCCGGAAGCUCAUAUUUGGGGACGCAUUACCUGCCGUUGCCGGGUCAAGCUAGGCUAACGGUAUGCCGAAACGAACUACGCACACCUACUCCAGCGAGGAUGCAGCUCCCGAUGGCCCUGAUUCGGAUCUAUUCGUCUAUUACUGCAAGCACUGUGGCUCCCAUGUCCUCAUCACUGAUACCCAGUUGCAGAAAAUGCCCAAAAGGAAGACUGACAAAUCUUAUGUGUUGGACAAGAAGAAGCAUCUGGCCAGGCUCAACAUUAACGAUGGUGGAAAGGUUCUCUUGAAGAGGGGAGAAGGGAAAUUGGAGAAGCAAUUUCGUAUGAACUGCAUGGGUUGUGGCCUAUUCGUCUGUUAUCGUGCUGAAGAAGAUAUAGAAACUGCUUCCUUUAUAUAUGUAGUUGAUGGUGCCCUUAGCACAGUUGCUGCUGAAACAAACCCUCAGGAUGCUCCAGUGCCACCCUGCAUAUCACAAUUGGAAGGAGGACUUGUCCAGGUGGCCAUAGAGGUGGAGGACCGUGCACAACGAUCGGCAAUAACAAGGGUUAAUGCUGAUGAUGUUCGAGUAACUGUGGCAGCCCCUGCAGCCCGCGGUGAAGCUAACAAUGAGCUUCUAGAAUUCAUGGGCAAAGUUUUGGGUCUAAGGCUAAGCCAAAUGGCUCUUCAAAGGGGAUGGAACAACAAAUCAAAGCUCUUAGUUGUCGAGGAUUUAUCUGCUAGACAGGUGUAUGAGAAACUUCUGGAAGCAGUGCAACCUUAGAAAGAGUUCAUUUUGGGGUCGUUUGGAUUAGAGAUUACCCUACCCUUCUUGGAACAUAAGAUACAUAAAUUUCUGUUUGGGUACUUGUUUUAUCCUCUCGGAAGGAACUUGAAACGUUGGUUCUUAGAAGAGGAAGGAAAAUAUAUCUGUUUUUAUUCAAAUCAGAGUCGGUGAAGUAUUUUGGGUGCUAAUAAGUCUGGUGUCGGUUAACCUCUGAGCAAAAAUGCAUACUGAAAAUCAAACUGAUAUCAGUUAAUUGCUUGUUAUUGGUUUGAUUUGCAGUUAGUUUGACGGUC